UCGUUCAAUUUAGUACACAUUUUGUCGCCACAGCGUUAAAAUCAAUCAAUUAUAUUGCCACGACUACGUCGAGUUAUUCUCGUGAAAAAAAGUAAAAAAUAUUUCAUACUUGCGCGUUGUUACAAAAUGUUGUCUAAUUACGACGACGAAAAGCGACAAGAACUCGAUCGCCUCAACCAAAAAAAGGUAAAAAGAUUGAAGAAAACCGUCGCAAAUAUUAAAUGGAAGCGCAAGAAUGAUCGACACGAUUUUUAUCGUAGACUUUGCCCUUUUAUCAGUGAUUGGGAGAGUCCAUUUCCGAAUCUCCGGGACAUUUUUAAUCAUGAUCAAAUCGAGUGGCUUUUCAUGGAAGAUGUGAAUAAGAGCAAUGUAUCCGACCCCGAUUACGAAAAUGUCACCUUCGUCGACUUUGCCAUAAAGGCCGGCUACAUAGACGAGUUCGUCGUAAUAAAAAGCGGCAAGCCGGUACUUCGUCGCGUCACGCCGAUCCAUCACGCGGGAAGAAAUCCCAAGUGUUCUCGAGAAGUCGUCGACAGUCUGUUCAGAAUUUACAACAAGUUUGACAGGAACUACAUCGACGAGGAGUUCGGCCUCACUCAUUUUCAAGUGGCCUGUAUGUUCGGCUGCGUCGAGGCCGUCGAGAAAUUCCUCGAGCUCGGACAGGAUCCCAAUCAGUACCCGAUGGCAAAACCUGACCCAGCGAAGUCGAUCGAUCCGCCGCUGCACUUGGCUCUCGAGCGCAAACACGCCAAGAUCGUCGAGCUGCUGAUGAAAAAAGGAGCCGACCCGAGUCUGGUUAACGUAAACGGAAUGACGCCUGUGCACGUAGUGUGCCAGAAAGCCGAUGAAGACGAUGACGACCUUCUGGAACUAUUCUUCAAAGUAUGUGACCAAAACCAUCGAGAGGUACAGAUCGAUGCUCGGGACAAAUUAGGUAACACGCCGCUGCACUUGGCUCUGAUCAAAGGCAAAAAGAAAGUAGCCGAAUUACUGCUGCGGAAAGGUGCCAAUGCAAAUUUAGCCACCAAGAAUGGAUACACUCCUCUACACUUGAUUGGCAAGUAUACCUACGACGAUGACUUGCCAGAGAUGUUCUUCAAAGUCUGCGACGAACAACAGCUGAAGGUUCGAGUCGACGCCCGGGACAAGUCGGGCAAUACACCAUUGCACUUGGCUCUGGUCAAUGGUCAUGUCAAGAUGGUCGAGCGGCUGCUGAGACACGGCGCCAGUCCGAACUUAGCCACCAAGGAUGGAUACACCCCUCUGUUCUUGAUUUUUCAGAUGAAUCGGCAUCAGCACGUCAGCUUUCUGGACUGCUAUAAAAAAGAAAUGGCCGAAUCGCUGCUGAGACACGGCGCGAAUCCUUACGCGAUAGACAAGGAUGGAUCGACUCUUUUGCACACUCUUAGCCAAAGAAGCAGCGAUAAUCAUUUGGUGAAGAUGUUUUUUGAGAUCUGCGACGAGGUCGGUCGGCCGUUGCGGGUCGAUGCUCGGGACGAACGCGGCGACUCCCUGUUGCACGCCGCUACGCGCCACCAUAACGAAAAAUUGUCCGAAUUACUUCUGAGCAUAGGUGCCGAUCCGAACUCGCGUAACAAGAAUCGAGAGACUGCUCUGCAUAUCAUUUGCCAAAGAAGAAAAUAUUAUUCAGCGAAGACGUUCUUCAAGAUCUGCGACGAGCUACACAAGUCGGUCGACGUCGAUGCUCGGGACAUAUCGUACCGGACGCCGCUGAGCCUGGCUCUGACGAACCGAGACGAGAGGCUGGUUGAAUUGCUGUUGAAACGGGGCGCCUGUCCAAAUACAGCCGACGACGAAGGAUCGACCGUUCUGCACCUGUUCUGCCAGAGAGAAUACCACGUCGAAAUGGCGAGGCUGUUCUUCAAGAUCUGCGACGAGCUAAAUCUGGAGCUCCACGUCGAUGCUCGAGACAAAUCGCACCAGACGCCGCUGAGCCUGGCUCUGGAGCACGCGGACGAAUAUCUGAUGGAAUCGCUGCUGAGAAGAGGGGCCGAUCCAAAUCUAGCUAACGAGGAGGGAUCGACCGCUCUGCACUUUAUCUGCCGCGAAAAACGCGACAAGAAAAUGGCGGAGCCAUUUUUCGAGAUCUGCGACGAGCUGAAUCUGAAACUCGACGUCGAUGCUCGAGACGGAUCGGGCCGGACACCGCUGCACCUGGCCAUCGAGCACGACGGCUGGCUUGUUGAAUCACUGUUGAGAAGGGGUGGCGAUCCGAAUGCAGCCGACGGCGCGGGUUCGACCGUUCUGCAGUUCAUCCGUGGGGGAAAAUGCUGGCCGAGUAUAGCGAAGCUAUUUUUCAAGAUCUGCGACGAGUUAAAUUUGAAGGUGGACGUCGACGAUCGAGACGGACGCCGGGCACCAAUGUGUCCGGCUCUGUUGUGCGGAAACGCGGAGCUGGUCGAAUUGCUGCUAAGAAGAGGAGGGGCCGAUCCGAACGCCACCGACAAGGAUGGAUCGACGCUAUUGCACGUUCUCAGCCGAGAUAUCAGCGAUAGCGAUAUUUAUUCGGCGAAGAUAUUUUUUGCGAUCUGCGACAAGGUCGGUCGUCCGUUGCAGGUCGACGUCCAGGACAAGAGGGGCAAUACGCCGUUGCACUUGGCUCUGAUGCACGGAAACGGGUGGCUGGUCGAAGUACUGCUGAGAAGAGAUGCCGAUCCGAAUGCAGCCGACGAUUACGGAUCGACGCCUCUGCAUAUCAUUUGCCAGGGAGAAAAAGAUCAUCAAUCAGCAGAGAUGUUUUUUGAGAUCUGCGACGAGCUACACAAGUCGGUCGACGUCGAUGCUCGGGACAUAUCGUACCGGACGCCACUGAGCCUGACUCUUAUGUACGGAGACGAGAAGCUGGUCGAAUUGCUAUUGAAACGGGGCGCCUGUCCAAAUACAGCCGACGACGACGGAUCUACUAUUCUGCACCUGAUCUGCCAGAGAAAAUACGACGUAGAAAUGACGAAGCUGUUGUUCGGCAUCGCCGACGAAAAAAAUCGGCUGGUGCAGGUCGAUCGCGAGGACAAGUGGGGCCGUACACCGCUGCAAUACGCCGUGGCGAAUCUCCACGUGGUGAUGAUCGCGAUUCUGCUCGAUCGUGGCGCCGAUCUGCCCAACUUCGUUUUUCCCAGCGCGGACGAGUUCGAGCGGUACUUCGAAGGUGACACAUGGACGCAGAACAGAGAUAUCGAGUUCGAGGUGUUGAUGCCGCUGAUCUUGGAGUCGCUGGAGAAACGAGGCUACCGGCUGGACCGACGCGGCGCCUCUACGAUAAUCCAAAUUUUGGCGUACAUGUCGGUGCACGCCGAAAAGUAUUGGAACCUCGUCGAUUACCCCGCGAUCGAAGAAUCAUCUCGCGCUGCUGAUAAGCGCGACAAGAAAUACCCGCCGCCACUCAAGAGUCUUCAUACUCAAGAAGAAUGCGGGUUGCCAAAUCCGAACACCGAAGAAUGGAGAAAUCCGGUUCCGUCAUCCAGCCCGAACUUUUACGAGACAACGAACACGGAGAGAAGGCGUCUUCAUACUCAAGAGGAAUGGAACCGCGGGAUGGAAUGCGGGUUGCCAAAUCCGUUCACCGAAAAAUGGAGAAAUCCGGGUUCUUGUUCGAGACCGGACUCGUACGCGACAACGCACACGAAGAGAAGGCGUGACCACACUCAAGAUGCGAUGAUUCGGGACCCCUGGACCGUCUACGGGCCGCCAAAUCUGUACAGCGAAGAGUGGAUAAAUCCGGUUCCCUGGAACUUCUACGGGCCGCCGCAUCUGUGCACUCGAAGCGAGGAUAAUCCGGAACCCUGGAACUUCUACGAGCCGCCAGCUCGGACGAGCCGCUUCGUGUAUCGUCCGGAGGAGCUCAGCCGUUCGGAAUCGCCUGACGAAGCCCGGCCCAACGACCCGGAAUCGGACAGCGAAGAAUUGGCCGACUACGAGGAGUAUCGGGCCGUCGUCGCGGAGCUCGCGGCGAAACGCCACCCGCACGAGGCGCCCAGGUGGCGAGGAUUUCUCCUGCGUUGGGCCGCUAAAUCCUUGGCGGAGCUGACGUCGCGACUGCCCGAGUCCUGCUGCGAGGGGAUCGUCGAGCGACUGACCAACGUCGACCUGCUGAACGCGUGCGUGGCCGCGAGAUUCGCCGAGUGGAGAGCGGACGCGCGGACACGCGAUCGAUACGCCUUUCGUCGCUUGUCGCUCUCGAGAAGGCAAUAUUGGCAGGGUGGAAGCGACCCCGAGGACGUCAGGUAUCCACCGCCGUGGCGCCCAGAAGCUUAUAACCGUUUUUAUGGAAAUGAAAUAAGUUUCGCUUCGAUAAAAUAACACCUUUCGAUACAGAUAUAAGUUAAGUGAUGCCACACAGUGCUAUAAAGUUCAUAAGGAGAAAGUAAGACGAUAUCGUUUAAACUCGCUGUAUUGUUUGUUUACAUUUUAUCGAUCGCCGACUUGUAAAGUCCGACGUGAAUGGAAUUUUUGAAAAUAAAUCGUUCGUUGAAUUGUAUGUUUAUAAAAUUGAAA